AUGAUAUCAGCUGGUUUUCAAUUAUCAUCAGCAUCAAAUAAUUCACCAUUUGAACAAUAUUCAUCAAAAUUACCAGCAUCUGUUCGUGGAGCACUCAAUCAUACUACAGAUAUCUCAUCGUUAAGUGCUCGAUUUUCACGUAAUGGUUAUUGUUGGCUUGUCUCGGGUCAAACAGCUUUUGUUUGGCCUGCAUCAAGUUCAAAUCGUAUAACAGAUGCUGUUAUUCAUCAAGAAUUAAAAUUACCUGAAUGUGCACUUGGACAACAAGCAAAUUUAAUGGAAUUAUUUUCUAUUAAUGCUGAUGAUAGUGAUUGUUGUUCAUGUUUAGUUAUAACAUGUGAUGGUUAUGCUCGUUAUUGGCGAACGAUUGUACGACCAAAUGAUUAUUAUGAUGUUAAACUUGAAUUUGAUCAGAUAGAAAUUUUAUGUCAUUUUAAAGAUGAUAUUUGUGUCUGUGGUUCUUACUCAGGAAGAUUAUAUACAAUUCCAUGUAAUGCACUAUGUAAUAAAGCUUAUAUCCGUCCAUCAUCUUCAUCAUUACUUUCAUCAAUUGGUUUUGGUUUAAAAUCCAUGUUAUUUGGUACAAGUCGUCAAAUGAAAGAUAAUGAAAUUCUUCGCUGUCUUCAUUCAUUAAAAAAUGAUACAUCAACACAAACAACAUCCACAAUGAAUGUUGAUUUAAUAUCAUUAACUGAUAAACAUUUAUAUUUUUGGUAUUUAGCAGAAAAUGAUAUUCAACUUGUACAUUCAUUGGAUCUUCAAGAAAUGUUUGCUGCUGAAGCACUACAAGAACAAAAACUAAAUGAUAAUAAUCGAAAUGUUUCAUGUAUAUCAUUCAGUGUAACACAAGAAACAAUUUAUGUUCUUGCUAUUCAUCAUACUACACAAGAUUAUCGUUUAAUGUUGGGAAUAUUUUCAUUAAAUCACACUGGUGUUCAACGUGUUUCGAUGGUUUUUCUUGAAAAUCAUCUAAAUAUUCGUUUAGAUGAAAUUAUUGUCAAACCUCAUGUACGAAUAUUUGCUGUACCAAAUCAACCAGCAAUAUUAGUUCAUACACAAAAAGAUGCUUUUAUUUAUACUGGUCCUGAUUAUUCUGUACUACUUCGUGCUAGUUUUUCGAAUAUGCAUGAAACAAUCUUAGGAAGUGGUUUAUGUGGACAACGUUUAUUACUUUUUUGUCAUGUACAAGGUUUAAUAACACCACGUGGUCAAGAUUUAAUGACAAAUCUACUUUCGAAAAUAACAAAUGAUGAUCCAUAUCAACCAAUGAUCAAUUCAUUUCAUGCAUUUCUUAUUCGAAAUGAUCCGGGUGGUGCGGUUGAUUUAUUUCGACGAUUUAUAAAUACAAUCGAUACAAAUCAAUUAGAUGAUAUUAUUAUACAAUUUGCAAUAUUUAUUAUUGAUGAUCCAACAUUACAAGAAACAAAUGAUUUAACUAGACAAUUAGCAAAAAAAGCAGAUAUUUAUAAUUAUUAUUUUUCUUUUCUCAAACUAAUUAGUGUAUGGAAUAAGCUUCAUGUUGCACAUUAUAAUAAUGGAAUUUAUCAUACAAAACAAAUUUUACAACAAUUUGGUGAAAAAUUACAAUGUGCUAAAGCUUUUGCUCAUGCAAGCCAACAAUCACUUUAUUUACAAGCAGCAUUUCGUUCAACAUCUCGUCAAAAUCAAAUUUCUCAUAUAUCUGAAGUAUUAACAACAAUUAUUGUUGGUGUUAUUGAAGCAAGUCGUACAAUUGAAAUUCAAUCUUAUGAAGAAGCAACACGUUUAUUAUUAAUUGCAUUUGAUAGUAUACAUAAAUAUCGUCAGGAACAUGAACAAGAAUCAGUUAUACCUUCAAAUCCAAUUGAUGAUGAAGAUUUUACACAAUCAAUUAUUUGUCAACCAUGGAUUUUAUAUGAACAAAAUCUAAAUGAUUUAUAUAUACGUCAUUGUACUACACAUUUUGAACAAGUAUUAGAAUUAUGUGAAUCACGUGAAGUUCGUGAACGUCUUAUACAAAUGAUCUCUCGUCUUAUUUAUCAUAUUCUUGAUGAAUAUCGUUUAUAUAUAUGUGAUCUAUAUUCUGAUAAUGAUUUAAAUAAUGAUAUGGAACAACGACCAUGGAUUAAUUAUAAACAAACACGAAGUUUAUUAAUAAAACUCUUUAUUAAAUUAAAAGAAUUUUCGAAAGGUAAACAAUUAGCUGAAGAAUUUGAAGAUUAUUCUACAUUAAUUGAAAUAUGUGAUGAAUUAAAAGAUGUUGAACAAUUAAGAAUUUAUGUUGAACAAUAUGGAGAUAAAUUUAUAGUUAUAUUUGAAGAAUAUUUACGAUUAAAAUCAGCAAGAUCUGUUUUAUUUCAAGAAGAAUAUUUUGAUUUAAAAUCUGUUCAACAUUAUUUAAAAUCUAAAACAGAAUAUGCUUGGAUGGUCGAUAUAAAAAAACGAGAAUAUGAAAAUGCUUCUCUUUCAACAUUACAACAAGUUGCUGAAACAAUCGGAAAACGUCAAACUCUAUUAGCUAUAAGUAAAUUUGCUUUAUUAGCUAGUAAUUAUAAUGAAAUACGAAAUGCUGAAGCUGUUAAAUUACGUUUAAAUUUUAUUGAAAAUGAAGAAAAUCUUUGUCAUCAAAGACUUGAUCUUUUAUCAAAUCUUGAUGAAAAUGAACGAUUAAAACAAUCAUUAAUUAGUGCAAAGGAUAUGAUUAAAAAUUUAGUUUUGAAGAAAAAUACAUCACAAUCAUUAUUACAACGAUAUUGUAGUGCUUUAAAAAUACUUUCACAAAUGGAGGUAUGAUAAAAAAAGAUUUCUUUCUAGUAGAAAUAAGUUUUCUUAUGGAUUGUUUUCAUUAAAAAAUAUUGACUAAUGCAUAUUGAAUACAGAUGUUUUUAGAGUAUCACGAAAGAUUAUGAUUAUGAUAGAUCUAGAAUAAGAAAAGCAUAAAGGAAAUUAC